AACUACCCACAUUGUCUUUUAAUACUUAUAAUGAAUUCAUUGGAUUUCAACACGCACAAUAAAUCUAGCUUAUAUAUAUACAUAUAAUAUCUUCUGUAACAAGCAGAUAUAUAUACGGGCAGGCUUCACCUUGAACACACGCUUCAAUCCUUCCUGUCUCUCUGUACAUUUUCCUAAAUGGUCUCCGUAUUCAAUCUUAUGAAACAAAGCUCAUUAUCCUGGUCCAGCCCGAAGAUCGGGAGCGAUCAUGAAGGUGAAAGCAAACAAUAUUCAGGACAUGGUGAAGAUCUAAAUACCAGGAAUGGCGUGAACGUAACUUGGGAGGACCUGCGAGUUACUGUGUCAAACAUAAGGGACGCUGCUAAUAAGUCUAUACUUCAAGGGCUAACGGGUUAUGCCCGGACUGGCGAGCUCUUGGCCGUCAUGGGUCCUUCCGGGUGUGGGAAGACCACUCUUCUUAAUGCUUUGGCAGGAAGAUUAAGCACGAACGUAAGGAAGACAGGAGAUAUUCUUAUAAAUGGCCAAAAGCAAGCUUUGGCUUAUGGAACUUCGGCCUAUGUGACGCAGGACGAAACGUUAGUCACAACCCUAACUGUUAGAGAAGCAGUUCACUAUUCGGCACAGCUCCAGCUCCCAGCCUCCAUGUCCAACACGGAGAAGAGAGAGAGAGCUGAUGAGACCAUCCGAGAAAUGGGCCUACAAGACGCCAUGGACACCGUAAUCGGCAGCUCGUGGGGACCUGUAGGUAGCAGCCUAAGCAGCGGGCAAAAGAGAAGGGUCAGCAUUUGCUUAGAGAUCUUGACCCACCCGAAGCUGUUGUUCCUCGACGAGCCAACCAGUGGACUCGACAGUGCAGCAUCAUAUUAUGUCAUGAAAAGGAUCGCUGGGUUGAAUCAAAAGAAGGAUGGGGCGAGAAGGACAGUCGUUGCUUCCAUUCACCAGCCUAGCAGUGAAGUAUUCCAGCUCUUUGAUAGCCUCUGCCUUCUUUCUUGUGGUAAAACAGUUUACUUUGGCCCUACCUCUACAGCAAACGAGUUUUUUGCUUCGGUUGGAUACCCCUGUCCGAUUCUUCAGAAUCCUUCCGAUCAUUUCCUGAAAAUAAUAAAUAAGGAUUUUGCAAUGGAUGUGGAGGAUGGGCUGUCAGUACCUGUGGAGGAAGCUAUCGACACUCUCACCACAUUGUAUGAGUCAUCUGCAUACUACCUAGAAGUUAUCCAACAAGUUGCCAAGAUCUGUAAGCAGGGCAUUGUUGAUGGUCAUGCAAGGCUAAAAGUGGAGCAAAGGAGCAACGUGAGCUUCUUCCCUCAGUGCAGUGUCCUGACGAGAAGAUCUUCGGUGAACAUGUACAGGGACAAAGGCUACUUCUGGUUUCGCCUGGUCAUUUAUUUUGGGAUAGCUCUGAGCAUGGGCACCAUAUAUUAUGAUGUCGGAAAUACUUACGAGUCCAUUCAGGCAAGAGGAUCGUUGAUCAUGUUCAUAUCAGCAUUCUUUACUUACAUGUCUGUUGGCGGUUUCCCCUCUUUCGCAGAGGACAUGAAGGUGUUUAUCAGAGAGCGAUUAAAUGGACACUAUGGAAGCAGUGCAUUUGUUGUGGCCAAUGCAAUCUCUUCCUUUCCAUACAUUUUGUUGCUUACCAUUCUUCCAGGAGGAAUAAUAUACUACCUUCCCGGAAUGCAUGGAGGCAUCGGAUGCUUUCUCUACUUUCUCUUGCUGUUGUUCUCCAUUACAAUGGCAGUCGAGGGAAUGAUGAUGGUUAUUGCCAGCAUUGUCCCGAACUUCCUGAUAGGUAUCAUCGUAGCAACCGGAGUCCAAGGACUGAUGAUUUUAGGUGCGGGUAUCUUUAGAUUACAAAAGGACAUCCCGAAACCAUUCUGGAGGUACCCGGUAUACUACAUCGCCCUCCAUAGGUAUGCCUACCAAGGUUUCUGCAAGAACGAGUACGUGGGACUAGAAUUUCAGGCCCAAUAUUCCAAUGGGGGGCAACAGAUUGUAAGAGGCGAGCAAGUUUUACGAGAUUACUUCCAGAUUGACCCGAAUUAUUCGAAGUGGGGUGAUCUGUGGGUGAUACUAGGGAUGGUUGUAUUCUACAGGCUCUUGUUCUUUGCCUCGAUCAAGUUCAACGAAAUCGUAAAGCCCAAAAUCGCUGCUCUAAUGGUAGUGACGCCAAAGCAAGCCACUCAGGUUAAGUCGAGUCCUGCAACUUCAUUUAAUUCCACUGAGAGUGUGUUUGGUUACUCGAAUUAAUUGUUAAAAUUUAAUUUUUAGCUGAGUUCGGCUUGUUUGAUAAUACAAAAGAAAAUUUGGCUUAAUGAUUUUGUUAAAAAAGUGCUUAAAGUUUAAGUAAGUGGGACCUACCUUUUUUGUUUUAAAGCUCUUUCUAGCAUAUUUGUAGUGAAGUUCCUCAACU